AUGUCCAUCCAGCGACUCUUGUACGCCAGGUCCUAUUACUGGAAAUACCUUGUGCUUGCCUGGCUCUUGUGCAUGAGUGUGUGGUGGUUUUCAAUCAGGCCCCAUGACACUGGCUACAUUCCCUCGACAAGCAAGGAAUCUCUCACCCACAAGGAGCUCUUCAAGGUGUUUUCCAUGUAUCACAAAAGGCAUCCCACCAUGUCCCACAUCACCACCAGAUCAUCUGCCUAUGACGAGGUGCUCAACUCCAUCAGCAUGUACGACUUCUUGAAGAAGCACCUGUUCGACGAUCGCUGUCUGAUUUACUUCAAUCACUUGGAGAAGAGCAAUCCUGACUGGUUGAUCAACCCUCACGAGCAGAUCUCCUACGACAAGACGGCGUUUCAGCUGUUCGAGUCGUUCGAAAAGUCGAAGAUGGAUGAGCACAAUAAGGACGUCAAAGCCGCCGAAUCAGAUGGAAGAGACCCUCCUGACCCUCCAACAGAGAGUGACAUGCGUAUCCAGUACAAUAAACUCUGGAAGGAGGUGGAGAGCUCCGAACAGAUAUUGCAUGACUUUUUGGCCCAUGUCAGAAUCUUUGAUAAGUGCUACAUUCAGUCACAGGAUGCAACCAUACUGCGUAAUGACACAGCAUAUGUCAAGAGACAGCGCUAUUUCUUGAAACACAACGUCGAUUACUUGGCAGACCCAGACGAAGUGGUGGAUGGCUCUGUUUACCGUAAUAAGCUUCUGUGUUCCCAGGUUGAGACAAAAGUGUUUCCAUGGUUGACGAUGCAGUAUCCAACCUUUACUCGUGCCAACGGCGAAAAGUCUUACUUCCCUGGGAAUGAUUAUAGAAUCCAUGAAAGUCGUGGGUGUUUUCUCAAUGAGUUCAAAAAAAGACUUAAUGGUAAAGGCAUUGUGAUGACUUUCAACAAUGACCAAGUCGACGAUGCAAUUCGUCUUAUAAAGGUGCUUCGUUACUUGGGAAAUAAGUAUCCUAUCCAAAUUGUUUAUCACUCCAACCUUAGUGACUUGUCCAGACAGCAUAUUGUGAAAGCUGCAAAAAUCAAGUUCGAGAGGUACCCAACACAGGAUGUUUGGUUCGUGGAUGCAAGCCCAGCAGUUGAACCAGAGUUUUUGAAUAGGUUCAAUGGCUUUGCCAACAAGAUUUUGGCGACUUUGUUUAACUCAUUUGCGGAGAUGAUUUUCUUGGACGCGGACACAAUUCUUUUGCAGUCGCCAGAUUAUUUAUUCACGCUCCAAAAGUACAUCAAUUCGGGAACGAUGUUUUACAAGGAUCGCUCUACAUUUAAUUUUCGGGAAAGAGAGAACUCUGUGUUGUUUCACAAGCUAAUGCCGUCGCUCGAUGACGCUGUCGUGUUCAACAUCAAUCAAAUUCAGAACAAAACCUUGAAUAACGAGUUUUUUCUUGGUUUUGAGAACUACAUGGAGAGUGGCCUCGUUGUCAUAAACAGGAAGAAGCAUUUCAUUCAGCCGUUUAUGAUGUCAGUCUUGAAUUUCUAUCACCCAAUCACUGCGCGUCUUUAUGGUGACAAGGAAUUAUUUUGGCUUUCUCUCGUGCUUGCGGGCGAUGAAAACUAUGAGUUUGACGACAACUUUGCUGCUGCAGUUGGUGAGAUCACUCCAGAGACAGAGCGUCAUAAGGACGUGAACCAAGUCAAAAGCUUCCGAUCUAAGGAACUCUGCUCCUGUCAUCCAAGCCACAUCAGUGACACAGACAAUCAGACGCUUGUCUGGUUCAACUCUGGAUUCCGAUUUUGUGGUAACGUUGACAAAGGCGCCAAUCUAAAGGACGAGUUUGAGAGCAAGAAGCGUUUCAGUCAUCUAAAGACACUCGAGGCAUUUGAGACAUUUUUCAGAUCAAAGAUGAGGAUUACCCAUGCCAUCAUUCCUCCGUUUGAUAGAAACCGUAAGAAAGCGGUAAACGUUGAACAUGAGCCUGAGGCUGCUUGGCACAUGAUGAACUAUUGUAAAAACUAUCUUUGGUGUGCCUACUCAUCCCUUGGCGGCUACUAUAAGGAAGAUGGCGAGACCAAGAGCAAUGUUAUAGAGGGCAGAAUCAUCAAGUUUACGGAUAAGCAAAUCGAAGAAAUUGACAAAAUCGGUGACAUUUGGAUGAUGGAUACAGGGUUGAUGGUAGCUGCAUAA